AUGGCCGACGCUCCAGUGUCGAGAGCGGCUCGAAGGAGGCUGCGAUGGUGGGAUAUCCGACAGCAGUGGAGCAUGCUGGGAGUUUUUGAGAUUACUGCAGAUCACGAGUUUUUCCGGCUCACAACGUUCAUUAAAGAGGGAGCGCGAGUGUCCAUCCAGAAGGGGCUCAUCAGUGAGGCUCCGGACGCUCUGACCGCAGAACACUAUAGGAGCAGAGACGAACAGACGCACAAGGGCUUCACCAUGGAGACCUUUGCGGCUCCUGUGUUCCAGCACGUGAGGCGCUCUUUGGACAUUUCAGAGGAUCAGUACUUGGAUUCUCUUUGCUCUGAUCAGUGCUACCUCCAGUUCAUCAGUAACUCCAAGAGCAGAGCAAACUUCUUUGUCACUUAUGACAAGAGGUUUUUCCUGAAGACCCAGAGUCGACGCGAGUUCUGCGUCUUCGCCAGAGUCCAGGUUUCUGUCGGGGUAGAGGCAUGGAGACAUAUCCGCAAUGACGACUGGUCCCGGGUUUGGCUGAACAUCGCCAGCGAGCAGGAGUGUCAGUAUCAGGCCUAUGUGGAUCAUCUGGAAAAGUACCCACACUCCAUCAUGGUCCGCUUUUUAGGAGUGUACAAGAUUGUGAUUCCAAAUGAAACGCAGAAGUAUUUUAUUGUGAUGCAAAGUGUUUUCUUCCCUGAUGAGAGGAUCAAUGUCAGGUACGAUGUAAAGGGCUGUGAGGUAGGCAGGUGGACCCACCCAGACACCGGAGGGAAACAGAUUAUCAAAGUCCUGAAAGACAACGACUUCCAAGGAAACAUUGGCCUGGGUCCAGAGAAGGCCUGGUUUGUGGAGCAGGUAAAAGCGGACUCAGAGUUUCUUCGCAGUUUGAACGUUCUGGACUACAGUCUCCUGAUCGCACAUCAACCUCUGCACCAGGAUGAGCUGGAUAGAAAGCACUCCUUUGCCAACCUCGUCCUCCGCACCACUAAAUCUCUGGAUUUGGACAGUCCAGAACCAGAUGAACCCACAGCCCCACUCCUCUCUCAGAACAGCGCCCCCACGGACCCUGAUCCAGGCCCAGACCCCACUGUUGACCUGUCUGACCCAGAGGCCAUCCAACUGGCUCCACUGGGCUCGACUCACUCAGAGCUGCAGGAGUUUGGAGAGCACCAUCGCCGCCUGCUGCCCAAUUGUGACAAUGCCGUGCAUGUGGUUGACGGUCCAGAGAAACGUUACUUUGUAGGAAUCAUUGACAUUUUUACGGUUUAUGGUUGGAAAAAACGGCUGGAAAAUCUGUGGAAGAGAAUUCGAUUCCCGGGUCGAGCUUUUUCCACAGUCAGCCCCCGAAAAUACUCUGCGCGUUUUGCCCAGUGGAUACAAGACCGGACUGAGUGA